AAUAACCUAAUAAUAUAAUAAUAAUAUCGGUACAGUGCAAGCAAGUACGAGUAGUUUGUGACGUGAAGUAGGGUAGUCUAGUAAAAAGAAAACAUAAAAAAUGAAUAAAUAUAAUGCGUAUACAAAGUAAUUACAAGUAAGGGAGGUGACAUAUUAGACUUAUCUGAUGUUUUUAAAUUUUGGUGUGCGAUUAUUCAUUAUAUAGACAGACAAUCAUAUAAUAUAUAUAUAUAUAUAUAUCAAAAUUUUCAACAAUACUUUGUCUCUCACUCUCAGUUGGUCCACUCAACACCCAAACUUAGUGGUUAAGUAGUCUGUGGCCUCGCCUCACCAAUGGACUAGACAAAACGCCAAAAAGAAUAAUGUAGCUAAUCGAUAUAAUGUCAAUUGUCAAGUCAUAUAAAUAAUAAGUUCCAAGUGGAUAUAUGUCAAAAAAAAUAUAAAAUAAUUCUGCAAUUGGAAUGAAUUUAGAUAAAGUUUUUUGGAGAACAAACAUUGUAAAAUCGUUAAGGUCCUACAGUAAAAUAAACAUCCCACGUCAAAAAAGAAUAAGAAGUAGAAUAGAUAUGGAUUUAAAAAGCCGUGAAGAUCCCGUGGUGCUCAAAUUAGACACCCCAGAAUUCCAAAAUAUUUUUAACCAAGAAGUGAUUGAGUUGAAAAAACUUUUCGACAAAUACAAUUACGAAAUCAGAAUCGCUGGUGGAGCCGUAAGAGACUUACUUCUUGGACAGCAAGCAAAAGACUUAGACUUUGCCACAACAGCAACUCCUCAGGAAAUGAAAGAAAUGUUUACUGCAGAAAAUGUGCGAAUGAUUAACAUGGCCGGAGAAAAACAUGGAACUGUCACACCUCGAAUAAAUGAUAAAGAAAAUUUUGAAGUCACUACUUUAAGAAUAGAUAUGGUCACAGAUGGAAGGCAUGCAGAAGUGGAAUUCACAAAAGAUUGGAAGCUAGAUGCUAAUAGAAGAGACCUUACUAUAAAUUCAAUGUUUCUUGGUUUUGAUGGAUUAGUCUAUGAUUAUUUUUAUGGCUAUGAAGACUUACAGAAAAGAAGAAUUGCCUUUGUUGGAGAUGCAGAUGUGAGAAUUAAAGAAGAUUAUUUAAGAAUAAUGCGUUAUUUUCGCUUUUAUGGUAGAAUAGCUGAGAGUGCAAAUAAUCAUGACCAACAUACCAUAGAUGUUAUCAAACAAAAUGCAGAUGGUCUAACAAAUGUGUCAGGAGAAAGGAUAUGGAUGGAGUUAAAAAAGACAUUGCAAGGAAACUUUUCUGGAGAUUUAUUGAAAAAAAUGUUAGAAGUCAAUAUUGGACCUUACAUAGGUUUACCCAACCCAAAUAUAAAAGAGCUGGACAAGUUGUUAAAACGGAGCAAGCAUUUAGACUUGCAGCCUAUGAGUUACUUAGCUGCACUACUUAACAAUAUUGAUGAUGCAACAUUGUUACAUGCGAGAUUAAAAUUCUCUAAUUAUGAUCGAGACAUGACCUACUUUAUAAUUGAAAAUAGAGAUAGUGAUGAUGAGAGUGCUCCUAGACCAUUAUUACCCUAUGAGAAAAUAGUUUUGAAUACCAAAAUAAAGCAACAAGAUGCUUAUGACUAUGUUGUUGAAUUGCUUAAAUAUAGAGGUGAUGAAAAACUUUUAGAAGAUUUUAAAAAAUGGAUCAUACCACGAUUUCCAGUGAAUGGUAAAAUUCUAAAGGAGAAUGGAUAUAUGCCUGGCAAAAUGUAUAGUCAUAUUAUUUACAAAUUAAAGGAUAUGUGGAUAGAAAGUGAAUACCAGCUUGGUAUUGAUGAUUUAGUAAAAUUAAUACCGAGUAUUGUAGAUAAAAAUAAAAUUAAAUAAAUGCAUAAUAUACUAAAA